GGCCAAUCAGGAGUGAGAGUCGCUGUGAGCGGCCAAUGAGAAACGGGCCUGACCGGGAGCGAGCGUGCGGGAUAAGGAGACAACUACCGGGGGUUGCAGGUUUAAGCCGUGGUCUUCCUCGUUCCCGCUCCAUCAUGUGGUUCUCACUCUCUCGGCUUGUCAGUGCUGAUGCCGCCCAAGAAACGGAGCGCCUGUAACCCGCGUAAGCCUCGCCUGGUGUUCCUGGAGAGCCCGCUGGAAGGGCCGGUGCAUGAUUAUGGGCCCACCCCACCCCGAGCUGAGACCAAGUGCGCCUCCACCAAACCCCUGGACCCCAGCGCCUCCGCCUCCUGGGUCUCUCCACAGUUCGAUCAGGCCUUAGAGUUGCACUUCCCGGCACGUCGGCGCCGCCGCCAUGUCUCGAACAACAACACAGUACAAAGCCGUGCCGCCGGGGGCGCAAACCGGAGCCAACAUAGAGUGGCAGGGAGGAAGCCGAGCGUCUGCAAAUUCCCCUCUCUAUCGUUUACUACCGCUGAGAUUCUAGAGACUCAGUCAUUCUGCACAACGAGGAGGAGACCGGAGCAGAACUGGGCCGCGCCCGCCCCCGCUGUGCCCACCUCCCCGCCCAGCCCGGAGGGGCGUUCAUACGGUAACAUCCCCAGCCCCCCCGAUAUACGGACUCCAGAGCCAAGUCCAAAGCCCAACCACCUGCUCUCACCCAGUGCGAUCCAGACGCCGCUCUCCAGGCACCGGCCCGGUAACCGUGAAGCUACCGACACUCCACUGGCAAACAGCCCGGGGCUGGUCCUGGCCGAGGACACCCCGGAGCAUGAAUACGGCAUACGGCCCACCUGGAGGAGGAGGCAGAGACUUAUGAGAUACCUCAAAUCACGGGGGAAGCUGAAGAGCAACGAAAUCCUGGUGAAGCCGUGAGAGAUGAGAGCCGGACGCAACAAAAUCCUGGUGAAACCGUGAGAGAUGAGAGUCGGACUCUACUGUACAUUGUAAAUAUAUGAAUUGACUAAAAAUAAAAAAUAAAAUCAUUUUGAUUUGUGUAACAAAA